UAUUUCACCAGUUCUCGUUUGCCCGUUCCGUCCGUCAUCAAAUAAACAUGGCGGACUACAAAGAGGCGCCCUUGGCCACUCGGCCUAGAACACUGGAUCCAAAUGAUUAUUUCAAUUUAUCACAAGAAAAGCGACGUGCCGAUGAAGAAAGGGCAGCAUUACGAGCAAAUCUGAAGCGACAGUACCUGACGCAGCUCAACAACCCGAGCAGAACUGAGCUCAUUGAAGACCCUGCCUUGACACGCUGGGUUUAUGCACGCGCCAACCCCUUCCCUCACUUCAGGCCUACAUUCAAGACAUCUCUUCUGGGUAUUGUGUUUGGAGUUGUGCCACUCGUUACUCUCUACUACAUCUUCAAGACAGACAGGGAUAGGAAGGAGGCACAGAUUAAGGCUGGAACCCGUGAUCGCAAGUUCAAUCUGGCAUAUUGAGCUCUGAUCUAGAAAGACCCUCCUGUAUGUUCUAAUAAUGAUUUCCAUUCAUGUAAUUAUUAUAAAUCGAAUAAAGUUAUAUUGUCACCAACAGUG